AUGAAAAUUUCCGAUAAGCGUAAGUUUGAAAAAGCAAACUUUGAGGAGUUUGAGUCCGCUCUAAAUAACAAAAACGACUUGGUACAUUGUCACUCAAUAACUUUAUUUGAAUCGAUCCGCACGGAAGUGCGAUCAUUCUACGAAGACGAAAAGUCUAGCCUAAUCAAGGUGGUAAAAUACAGAACCGAUGCAAUGGAUAGGAAAAGAUCUUUUGAAAAAAUUGUCAUUCCCGUCAUGGUUAAAAAAAAUGUACAAAAGUUUCUGACGUUUGUUGAAGACGAACCAGAUUUCCAGAGCGGACCCAUCCCUUCAAAGUAUCUUAUUCCCAAGAAAAUCAACUUGAUGGUCUACACGUUGUUUCAAGUACAUACUUUGAAAUUUAAUAGGAAAGAUUACGAUAUCCUUUCUCUUUUUUACCUCAACAGAGGAUACUAUAGUGAGUUGAGUUUUCGUGUCCUGGAACGUUGUUACGAAACUGCGAGUUCCAGGCCGAACGACAGCUCUACGAUGCGUACUUUCACCAACUUUGUUUCUGGCACGCCUAUUGUAAGGAGUCUUCAGAAAAGCACCAUAAGGAAAUAUGGAUACAAUUUGGCACCCUACAUGUUUUUGUUACUACACGUAAAUGAGCUUUCGAUUUUUUCCGCAUAUCAAGCAAGUUUACCUGGCGGUAAGAAAGUCGACACAGAGCGGCUGAAACGUGAUCUAUGCCCACGUAAACCCACUGAGAUAAAGUACUUUUCACAGAUAUGUAACGAUAUGAUGAACAAAAAAGACGGAUUGGGUGAUAUUUUGCAUAUUAUCUUGCGAGCAUGUGCGCUUAAUUUUGGGGCGGGACCCCGUGGUGGUGCUGGUGAGGAAGAAGAUCUAUCUGUUGCGAAUGAACAAUCCGUUAUUCCCUCUGUGGACGAACAUGGCUUAAAAGUAUGCAAGUUGCGCAGUCCUAACACUCCACGAAGGCUCAGAAAAACACUAGAUGCCGUGAAAGCUUUAUUGGUGUCUUCUUGUGCUUGCACCGCAAAGGAUUUAGAUAUAUUUGAUGACAACAACGGCGUUGCGAUGUGGAAAUGGAUCAAAAUUCUGUACCACGAAGUAGCACAGGAAACCGCGCUGAAGGACUCUUAUAGAAUAACUUUGGUACCUUCUUCUGAUGGUAUAUCAGUAUGUGGAAAACUGUUUAAUCGCGAGUAUGUCCGCAGCUUUUACUUUGCAUGCAAGGCUCAGUUUGACAACCUUUGGGAAGAGUUGAACAAUUGCUUUUAUAUGCCUACAGUGGUUGAUAUUGCCAGUCUCAUUUUGCGUAAUCGAGACGUGUUGUUCAGAGAGCCAAAGCGAGGAAUUGACGAGUAUCUGGAAAACGAUUCUUUUCUUCAAAUGAUACCUGUUAAAUAUCGUGAAAUUGUGCUGCCAAAGUUGAGAAGAGAUACUAACAAAAUGACCGCGGCUCUUAAAAAUAAAGUGGCUGUUGCAAUUGACGAGCUUACGGUGCCACUUAUGUGGAUGAUCCAUUUUGCCGUAGGAUACCCUUACCGGUAUCCAGAGCUUCAGCUACUCGCUUUUGCCGGUCCUCAGCGCAACGUAUACGUCGACGAUAUAACAAGGCGCAUCCAACUAUACACUGAUUAUAACAAGAACGGUUCAUCGGAGCCUCGACUAAAGACACUUGACGGACUCACUUCAGAUUACUUGUUUUACUUUGUCACUGUGCUAAGGCAAAUGCAGAUAUGUGCGCUUGGUAACAGUUAUGACGCCUUUAAACACGAUCCUUGGAUGGAUGUCGUGGGGUUUGAGGAUCCAAAUCAAGUAACAAAUCGAGAUACUUCGAGGAUAGUUUUGUAUUCCUACAUGUUUCUGAAUACCGCUAAGGGCUGUCUCGUUGAAUAUGCAACUUUUCGACAGUACAUGAGGGAACUUCCGAAGAAUGCACCUCAGAAGCUGAAUUUUCGGGAGAUGCGCCAGGGGUUGAUUGCCCUAGGGCGGCACUGCGUAGGUAGCAGAUUUGAAACAGAUUUGUACGAGUCGGCGACGAGUGAACUCAUGGCCAACCAUUCCGUUCAAACAGGGCGAAACAUUUACGGUGUGGAUUCCUUUUCGUUAACCAGUGUCAGUGGAACGACCGCCACUUUAUUGCAGGAGCGAGCUUCCGAGCGCUGGAUUCAAUGGUUAGGCCUUGAAAGAGACUACCAUUGUUCCUUCUCCAGUACUCGGAAUGCGAGAGAUGUAGUAGCAGCAGUAGCAGGCGAAGCGAGUUCAGAUCAUCAUCAAAAUUUUUUGAGUGCAACGCGAAAAAGGCCCCGAGAGCCCAAGAGCACAAACGAUAUCCUCGUCGCAGGUCGGAAACUUUUUGGCAGAUCCUUUGAAUUCAGGGACUUGCAUCAGUUGCGCUUAUGUUAUGAAAUAUACAUGGCAGACACACCCUCUGUGGCAGUACAAGCCUCACCGGGCUAUGGUAAGACGGAGUUGUUUCAUCUUCCCUUAAUAGCACUCGCGUCCAAGAGCGACGUGAAACAUGUGUCGUUUCUGUUUGUACCGUACACAGUGUUGCUUGCUAAUUGCAUGAUCAGGUUGCGCCGAGGCGGUUGCUUGAAUGUGGCCACUGUAAGAAACUUUAUUGAAGAGGGUUACGAUGGUGUUACUGAUUUAUACGUGGGGAUCUACGAUGACCUUGCUAGCGCCAACUUCACAGACAGGAUAGCUGGGUGGGAUAAUAUUGUUGAGUGCACCUUUAGGACCAACAAUGUAAAGUUGGGUUACCUCAUUGUAGAUGAGUUUCACAACUUGGAAACGGAGGUCUACCGGCAGCCGCAAUUUGGGGGCAUAAGGAACCUCGAUUUUGACGCUUUCGAGAAAGCAAUCUUUUUGAGCGGCACAGCACCUGAGGCUGUAGCUGAUGCUGCGUUGCAGCGCAUAGGGCUUACGGGACUGAGCAAGAAAUCGAUGGACAUCAACGAGCUCAAACGGUCGGAAGACCUCAGCAGGGGUUUAUCCAGCUAUCCCACACAGAUGUUCAAUCUGAUUAAGGAGAAAUCUGAGGUGCCUUUAGGGCAUGUGCAUAAAAUUUGGAAAAAAGUGGAAUCACCUCCCGAAGAAGCACUGAAGCUUCUUUUAGCCCUGUUUGAAACUGAACCAGAGUCGAAGGCCAUUGUAAUUGCUAGCACAACCAAACAAGUGGAAGAACUGGCCUGCUCUUGGAGGGAGUAUUUCAAGGUGGUAUGGAUACACGGGAAGCUGGGUGCUGCGGAAAAGGUGUCUCGCACGGAGGAGUUUGUCACUGACGGUGGCAUGCGAGUUCUCAUCGGAACAAAAUUAGUGACUGAAGGAAUUGACAUUAAGGAAUUGAUGAUGGUGAUCACGCUUGAUAAUAGACUUAAUAUUAUUGAGCUCAUUCAAGGCGUGGGAAGACUAAGAGAAGGAGGCCUCUGUUAUCUAUUAUCUAGAAAAAACAGUUGGGCGGCAAGGAAUCGUAGGGGUGAAUUAUCACCAAUUAAGGAAGGCUGUAUAACCGAACAGGUACGCGAGUUUUAUGGACUUGAAUCAAAGAAAGGAAAAAAGGGCCAGCAUGUUGGAUGCUGUGGCUCCAGGACGGACCUGUCGGCAGACACAGUGGAACUGAUAAAGAGAAUGGACAGAUUGGCUGAAAAUCAGGCCACAGCCUCCAUGUCGGUUGCUGCGUUACCGUCUAGUUCACAAGAGAGAAGUAGUAGUGACAGGUACAGAGAUUAUUGCAGCAGCGAUGAGGACAGCAACGCGGGCAUUCAUGAUAGUACCAAUGCUAGUACCAAUGCUAGUACCAAUGCUAGUACUAAUGCUAGCACCAAUGCUAGCACUAACGCCAGUACUAAUGCUAGCACCAAUGCCAGUACUAAUGCUAGCACUAAUGCUAAUACUGCUGAUAGUACCAAUGCUAAUACUGAUGCUAAUACUGCUGAUAGUACCAAUGCUAGGACUAGUGCUGUUACCACCGCCAGCACCAACGUCAGGACUAGUGCUGUUACCACCGCCAGCACCAAUGCUAGGACUAGUGCUAAUACUGCUGAUAGUACCAAUGCUAGGACUAGUGCUGUUACCACCGCCAGCACCAAUGCUAGGACUAGUGCUGUUACCACCGCCAGCACCAAUGCUAGGACUAGUGCUGUUACCACCGCCAGCACCAAUGCUAGGACUAGUGCUGUUACCACCGCCAGCACCAAUGCUAGGACUAGUGCUAAUACUGCUGAUAGUACCAAUGCUAGGACUAGUGCUGUUACCACCCGCCAGCCACCAAUGCUAGGACUAGUGCUAAUACUGCUGAUAGUACCAAUGCUAGGACUAGUGCUGUUACCACCGCCAGCACCAAUGCUAGGACUAGUGCUGUUACCACCGCCAGCACCAAUGCUAGGACUAGUGCUGUUACCACGCCAGCACCAAUGCUAG